AUGACCUAUUGGAAUGCAUCAGAUGAUCAUGUUGUGUCAAUCGUGAACAACACGUAUAUGAACUUUACUUCUAAUGUCAAUGAAACUGAAUAUCAUCAAGGUAGAGCGAUACUAGCAUCGACUCUUGAUGUUGUGGAGACUGUCAAUGAGUAUAUGAUUGCACUUAAUGCAGCUGAGGCAAAGGCAUACUUAAGUUCAGACACAACUUGCAGAUCAGAUUACAAUGUUGAUCUUUUACAAGACCUUCACACGCUUGAAUUCUUAAAUUCAAUUAGGUGCUCUGGGGUGCCGAACCAUGAAUUGAAGCUAAAUGUUGGCAGUCUAGUUAUGCUUUUGAGAAACACAGAUCAUUCAGUGGGAUUAUACAAUGGCACUAGGUUGGUUAUCACAAAAACUGAAAAUCACGUUCUUGAGGCAAAAUUUUGA